AUGGACUUGAAAGUGAGGAACAAAGGGAAGAAAAAGAAAAAUGCCGAGCAGGGAGAGAACUCUGACGACAGCUUUCACAGGAAUCUAACUGGAGACUAUCUCGUUGGACAAGUGGCCAAUAGCUUAUUCCACAGUAAGCGCCUGUCUAGAGGCAGCACAGAUCGCCUGGCGUCCCUCUUCAGUUCUUUUGUGUCUCCUGUUCAACCCGUGUAUGUGCCUGUGCCUAAAGAAACCACCAAAAGAAGGAAACAGAAUGAAGAUGAAGAAAUUACAUCUCGAAUUCAAAGGCCACAUUUGCAAGAAUCUGCACAAAAAAUGAAAGAGAAGAAAAAACUUUCUGAUUCAGACAAGUUGGCAAACAGGGAAAGUGCACUAGCAUGUGCUGAUUUAGAAGAAGAAAUUUACCAGAAACGGGGGCAGAAAAGGAAAAGCUUUCAAUCUAGUGAUGGUGUUAAAACAAAGGAUGGAAAAAUACUUGAUAAUAUAGAUCACACAGUUGUAAAUCAAAGAAAGAAAAUUCAAAUCAACAAAGAAGAAGAGAAAUUAAAGAAUGAGAGAACUGUGUUUGUUGGUAAUUUGCCUGUCACAUGUAGUAAGAAGAAGCUGAAGUCUUUUUUUAAAGAGGAUGGACAAAUAGAAUCUGUACGAUUUCGUUCUCUGAUUCCUGCAGCGGGAACUUUAUCCAGAAAGUUGGCAGCAAUAAAACGUAAAAUUCAUCCUGAUCAGAAAAAUAUUAAUGCUUAUGUUGUAUUUAAGGAUGUCAGUGCUGCUACAAAAGCAUUGAAAAGAAAUGGGACCCAAAUUGCAGAUGGAUUUCAUAUUAGAGUUGAUCUUGCAUCUGAGAGCUCAUCUAGGGACAAGAGAUCAGUAUUUGUGGGGAAUCUCCCUUACAAAAUUGAAGAAUCUGCUGUUGAGGAACAUUUUUUGGACUGUGGAAGUAUUGUGGCUGUGAGAAUUAUGAGAGACCAAGUGACUGGUAUUGGCAAAGGAUUUGGCUAUGUACUGUUUGAGAAUACAGAUGCUGUUUAUCUUGCUCUGAGAUUAAACAAUUCUGAACUAAUGGGAAGGAAAGUCAGAGUCAUGCGUUCCAUUAAUAAAGAAAAAUUAAAACAACAAAAUUCAAAUCCAGGUUUGAAGAAUGUCAGCAAACCUAAGCAAGGAUUUAAUUUUGCUUCAAAACAUGCAGAAGGACAUUCUAAAAGUUUAUUUAUUGGAGAAAAGGCUGUUCUCAUUAAAAAGAGAAAGAAAGGACAGAAGAGAAGUAGACGACCUAAGAAACAGAAAAAAACAGAAGUAGUGAUCUGAAGUGUUUUUGUUUUGUUUUAUAUACUGAGUACUGGUAAUAAAAAUG